CCAAGGGCUUACUACGACCAGCACUAGCAUGGCUACUGUCGCUCAUCACAUUCGUUCGGACUAUGAUCCCGCAGAUAGAGAGCAGCUAGAGAAAGAGACGGGCCAAAUUCCAAUAGACGAAACAGAACAAUGGAACACAGCGCCAACUUUCUCUGCUGCUCGCCAUGCCCCACCUCCAUCCUUUGUUCCCGCGCGCAUUCAGUACGACGAGUGGGGUUCUGCUGUUUCGCUUACCCACACAGUAUCUUCGAAUGCCUCUGCUCCAGAUAGCGGGAUCUCUGAGUGGUACAAAGCUUUGACAAAAGAUAGCUCCAAGAUGUCGGGGAACCAACCGCUGACAGCUAGAUCGUCAAGUACACCCAGUGAGGCUCCUACUAGUAAGCCAAAGAAGGAGGCUACCACCAAGAACAAUUGGUUCAUAAAACGAGCGCUUCAGUCUGAACCAUCGAGCAAACCUAGUUCUCCCGCACCGUCAUUGGCAGACCUUCUUGCACGAGAUCCGCCACCGCUACCAUCGGAGGAACGUUUUGUUCCUCCAGUCUGGCUGGCAAUAGGGCCAUCCAACAAAGGCUUCAAUCUGCUACAGAAGGGUGGCUGGAACGAAGGAGAAGGGCUUGGUGCACAUGUCGCUCGAUCUCUGCGCCCCCGAUCACCUGUAUCAAUCUCGCAUGCACCCUUGCGGGGAGCAAGCGUACUAGUCGGCGACAAUAAAUCUCGAGAUAUACCCCCAGACGUCAUUGAUCUCACCCAAUCUGAAUCAGAGUCAGAGACAGAAGAUGACUUUGAAUCUUUCCACCGAUCUGCUUCCCUUCCGCUUGCUCCAGCGUCCAGUGCGUCUAGAGAACAUGAUCCGUACACCCAGAAGUCGCUUUUGACGCCUAUUCCAACGAUACUUAAAUCUGACCGCCUCGGGAUUGGUUUGAAGGCGAAAACUGAGGGCCCAUACAAGCAGUCGAAGAAGCGGGUUACUCAUAACCAAGCGGCAUUGGCAUCCCACAUUAGGACCUCUGAGGAACUGCGAAAGAAGAGGGUUGAAGUUGGCAGAGGUCGAAGAGGAUUUUCGAAGGUACGAAAGCGCGAAGAGAACGAAAGGAAACAUAUGCUUGCAUAUCUUAACGAAUAGUUUACGACCUCGUAUUAAAAGAGAUCAAGUGAAUUGCAUGAAAACUACAAACUGUA